AUGGUUCAAAAAUAUCAAUCACCGGUCAGAGUUUACAAAUAUCCUUUCGAAUUAGUUAUGAUGGCUUAUGAAAGAAGGUUUCCAUCAUGUCCUCUGAUACCGGUUGUUUUAAAUUGUGAAAUUACUUCCGAUGUUGAAAGCCCAGAUGGCUCUGUAAGGUACACAGAAAGAAGAUGUAAACUUGGUGUUGAAGCUCCUUAUCUCUUGAAAAAAAUUAUUGGUGUUGAAGUGAUUUAUUUCAUUCAAAAAAAUACUCUAGAUAGGAGAAAAAGAGUAUUAGACAUUGAAGCUUACAAUGAAAGUUUUGCUUCAAGGGUAACUAUACUAGAGCAUUGUAGAUAUUUUGUUCAUCCCGAGAAUACUGACUGGACUUGCUUUGAACAGUCUGCAACUUUAGAUAUUAGAAAUUUCUUAGGAUUUGAAAAUUCUAUUGAAAAAUUAGCAAUGAAGCAGUAUUCAGCCAACAUAGCUAAAGGAAAAGAAGUAGUCGAUUUUUUUGUCAAUCAACUAAAGGAAGAAGGCAUAACACAUGUGCCAAUAUGGACUCCUCCAGCUGAUUCUGUACAAGACUCUGGAGAAAUAAAUUCUUCAAGCUUAUUUAAAGAUGAUAUAUCAGUAGAUGAUACACAUAAGGGUCAAGGAGAUCAGUUUCAAUUGGAAGCUGAUUACAUCAAGAGAUAUUUAGGAGAAUUAUCUCUUAUUCAAGAAUCAAAUUUAGUACAGCUUAAAAAAUGGGUACCGAAUGAUUCGACUUUGUUGCGAUUUUUAAGAGCAUCUGAUUUCAAUGUUGAAAAGGCGAGAGAAAUGUUGUCUCAAUCUCUUAUCUGGAGAAAAAAACAUGCUGUUGAUCGUAUACUUUUAGAGUACAUCCCACCACAAGUAGUUAAAGAUUAUUUUCCAGGUGGUUGGCAUCAUAAUGAUAAAGAUGGAAGACCACUUUUUUUAUUAUGUCUCGGACAAAUGGAUGUCAAAGGACUGAUUAAAUCAAUCGGAGAGGAUGGACUUCUUAAAUUAACAUUGUCUGUUUGCGAAGAGGGACUGAAAUUAAUGGAAGAAGCUACCAGAAAUAGCGGAAAACCAAUUUCAACUUGGACUCUUCUGGUGGAUCUUGAAGGUCUCAACAUGAGACAUUUAUGGAGACCUGGAAUAAGAGCUUUAUUACGUAUAAUAGAAAUCGUCGAAGCGAAUUAUCCAGAAACAAUGGGAAGAGUUUUGAUAAUAAGAGCACCCAGAGUAUUUCCAAUAUUGUGGACGUUGGUAGGAACGUUUAUCGAUGAAAACACGAGAACGAAAUUUCUUUUUUACGGAGGAAAUAAUUAUCUGGCAUCAGGCGGUCUGGUGGAUUAUAUAUCAAAAGAUAUUUUACCACACUUUCUUGGCGGACCUUGUCAGGCAAACAUUGCACUUGGCGGAUUGGUACCGAAAAGUUUAUAUUCCACAAAUAGCGAAUUGGAAAAAGAGGGUAGUUCACUCAUGGAGGACAGUAUAUAUCGUAGCAUAAAUUUAGGUAAAGGUCAAUCGCACGAAGUUGUUAUACAUAUUGAAGAACCUCAGACUGUGAUCACUUGGGAUUUUGACGUGAUGCGUCAAGACGUGAUGUUCAGCGUCCUCAUCACUCACAUUCCUUUACCAACGAAGGAAAAAAAUUCUUAUAUUUUAAAUCGUAGGGGUUCGAUGACGAGUUUGCAAUCUGGUCAUAGCGCAUUUUCAUCGUUGAGCAAUCGAUCGCGAAACAGUUCAUGUCCAUCCAGAUGA